UUAUUUAUUUAACAGAAUGCCAAUCAGUUGUGAUGAGUGAGUGUUACGCGCAGCCAGUUACUCACACACAUACAAAUAUACUUACAUAUAUACUCAUGCACGUUUAAAAGCUAGUUAGUGAGCCUCUAGUUGGGGGUCGGCCGGCCAUAUGUCGGUUAAGCUAUCAGCUGUUGAAACAAGUUGCAGCGGAAAAGAUAUGCAAAAACAGCUACAACAAGUGGUUGUUUUUUGUUAUUGUUACUAUUUUUUGUUUCUGCUGUAAUUUGAGAUCUACUGACUUUCUUACACUUUUAGUAUUGUUGGUUGUUGUUGAAGUUUUUGUUGUGCUGUGUUUUUGUGGUGUUUACACAUUUAUACAUAGUACUAUCAGCAUGAUACUCAACAGUAGCAGCAAUGACAACAGCAACAGCAACUUCUACUGCUGUCCACUGCCAUUGCCACUGCCACCAAAACAACAGCAAAUCAUAACAAAACCAUUCAGUGUGUUUUGGAAAUCGUCGGACGUCGGUUGUUGUGUGUUUUUUCUGGGACGUUCUAACACACAUAUGUAUGUAUGUACAUAUAUACAUGUGUUGUGUUCGCUUUAACAUUGUAGCAAUUUUUUUUUCGUCUGCAAAUUUUGGCGAAUAUUUAGCUGAAUAUUUUUUCUGCUGACUGUUCGUUUCUUUCUUAUAUAUAUAUAUUAUAAUGGUGCGCUUUUAAAAAGUGAAUGGAGAAUAUGGUGAAGUGUUUACGAAACGGCUGCGCAGACUGGCAGAUAAUACCCCUGUGGGAAUUUCAUAAACUGGCGCCGAAAACGGGUUAAUAUGAAGUUUGUGAUUACUACAGGCAUUAUUAUGUGUGCGUGUGCUAAUGUGCAUAAAUAAUUAAAAUUUGCAUUGGCUAUUGACAAAAUAAGUAUGUCUACAUUAUCUGCGACAACAAGUACUUAUUACAUAGCCAAUUUAAUAGUGCGUCACUUCGAGCACCGCGAUUUCGAGAGGCCAACGUAUGUAGUGUUGAAAAAGUAUUAAUCGAUAUGUUUGACCGUGUGCCGAUUUUUUAUUAACAAACAUACAUACACAUACAAGAGUAUAUGUUUGUUUGCUUUUCUCAACAAGUUGAAAGUUCUUAGAGUGCAUGACGUGUGAACAUGUGAUAUUUUGGAGUAUCACUCCAGCGGGCAACGCACGCGGAACGAAAACGAAGCACAUAUAAACACCGUCGCUAUUAACUUUGUGGUAUGCUACAAAUACAUGGUACAUACAUACCUAUGUAUGUAUAUAUGCAUGUGUAGAUCUGUCUAGCGCACCCACACCCCAAACACACACACACACACACAAAGGGCGCGCCAAGUCAGUCACGUGCAUUUCAUUUAUUGACAAGAUCAUCUCGUGUGAAUGCAGUCAUGCGGUAUGUGCAACAACACUAAAUCCAAGCACAUCACAUAUCCUAAUAUAUGCACGCACCGCAACAGCUUCUACCAACACACACACAUUUGCUUGUGUCUUACAAGGCUUAUCAGUCAACCGAACAGGCAUUAUCGCACAAUCAAAUGCAAUUCAAUCCACCCAACAACCCAAUAAACCAAUAACUUAAGUACUGAACAACUCAGCGAUACUGCGAUACAGCGACUUCAAAAAGCGAUGUAAGACAUAUUACAAACAUACAUAUCGCAGCGCAAAGUACCGAGUCGCCGAGUCAAACAAACGAUCAAUUGACGAUCACCUAGCUACAGGCAUACAUAUGUAUAUACAGACAGACAUUCAUACGCCAAUGUGAUACUCCGUUUCGUGAAGUGCCGACGCGUCGUCUUGUAGUUGUGGUUGUUGUUGCGCUAUGUUGACAAUAUUCGUAUAAAUCUACUACUAAUAUUCGCCCAGUUUGAUACUACUACUCAAAUGCGUUUAACGCGUAGUCGAAACUGAUUAUCCGUCAGCGAACGCAUACGCAAGUGAAAUAUUUCUACAGCUGCGGCUAAAGCUCUUACAAUUUGUUGUUGUUGCUUUGCAAUUGUUGUUGGUGCGUUGCUGCUGCAAAAGAAUUCUUACUUUGCUACUUCCUUUACGAGUUUUGAUUUAUUUGUGUGUUUUUUUUAUACAUUUUUGGUUGUUGUUGUUGUUGCAUUUUAUUUGUUGCCGGCGGAUAACUUGGCAAUCAACAGAAUCACCGCAGUGCAAGUCAGAGCUAAAUUCGCUACUCUACGAGAUUGAAGUGCUCGUCGCCGGAGUUAGGGCGAAGAUUAAAUGUCGUGCGCGUUGAGGCUGGAGGAAAUUUGUGUAGAAAAUUGUUCGUGAAUGAGUUGGUGUUUAAAUGGCGUGGAAUGCAUACGAAAAUAAAAAACAGUUAUUAAAGCAAUAAAAAUUAUAUUUCGCUUAAAUAAACAUAUUAAAUGAACUAAAGUGAACAUUAUAGUAAAAGGUACUUGACUGUGAUGAGAAGGCAACUGAAAGAAAAUGUAAAAAAGUUAAUGAUAUUAAAAAAAUAAUUUAAUUAACUAACUAAAAAAAAAUAAUUAUAAUUUAAAGAGUAAAAAAUCGUGGUAAGAAGUAACUAACAUUAAAGAAAAAGAAUUACAAAAAUAUAUAAAAUAAAUAUUGAAUUUAAAUAACAUAGCCUAAAAAGUUAAACAAAAUAGAAAGCAGUGGACACCGAAAGAUAUAUUAAUAAUAAUAAAAAAAAGAUAUAUUAAUAAUAUUAAAAAAAAGAUAUAUUAAUAAUAUUAAAAAAAAAUUAAUUUAAUUCAUAAAUAAGAAUAAUAUCAAUUAAAUAAAUAAUUCAGCUAUAAAAUAUAAUUUUGUUUGUGAUAUUUUGUGCCUUUAUAUAAAAAAUUAUAUAAAAUUAAGUAAAAUAAUAUUAUAUAUAUAUUAUAAUGAUAAUUUACAAUAUAUAUACGUAUUGCUAUUAAGGGUGUUUGCGUCAAAAAAAAUAAAAAUAAAUAAAUAAAAACCAACGAAAUAAAUAGUGCAACGCAUAAAAAAUAAUAAUAAUUAAAAUCAUUUGCUUUAAUCAGUGUAAACAAACGCAUUUACGUGCAACACUCGUGUGAGUUGCGUGUUUGAUUCGUGCGCGCCUGCAAAAAUGAAGUUUCCUACCAACACCAACUCCUCCCAAAUGGAGUCUCUGCUCACCGUUCCAUCACUGACAAAUGUCAAAGUGCAUCCAAUGCGCACCGCUUCCAAUGCUUCGUCCAUUGUGCGGCCGAAUGUCAAUAGUGCUGGUGUUGCCGACGAUCCGGAUGAGGAUGAGACCGGUCUCGGCUACACGCAUACUUUGAUGUAUGGCCGCUAUACCAAAGAUUUAGGAGAAUUCGCCAAAGAUGAAGCCAGAAAACUCAAAUUACUCGAGAAACGCAGAAAGCAAGAAGACAAACAAAGAAACAAGUGCUGGGAAAUAUUUACAGGAAUUGCUGGGCAAACGUUCGUCGCGCAUGCUAAAAGUCUCAUCAUGGAUAUGGAAACGUACAUUUGCGCGCCUCGGCGAAGAUUGGGUAUUCUUAGCGCUGUUAGGUGUCAUAAUGGCAUUUGUAUCAUAUGUGGUGGACAAAGGCAUCAAUGUUUGUACAAAUGCGCGCGUGUGGCUCUAUCGCGAUCUCACAUCCCAGCCGAUCACACAGUAUUUCGCGUGGGUCUCAUUGCCGGUUUGUUUGAUACUCUUCUCAGCCGGCUUUGUGCAUCUAGUUGCGCCGCAGAGUAUAGGUUCGGGUAUACCUGAAAUGAAAACGAUUCUUCGUGGCGUUGCGCUGAAAGAGUAUCUCACAUUUAAGACAUUGGUGGCCAAGGUUGUUGGUUUAACGGCAACUUUGGGCAGUGGUAUGCCAUUAGGAAAGGAAGGUCCUUUCUGUCACAUAGCAAGUAUUGUAGCACAAUUAUUAAGUAAACUCGUCACAUCAUUCCAAGGCAUCUAUGAGAAUGAGUCUCGCAAUUCGGAGAUGUUGGCCGCAGCUUGUGCGGUCGGUGUGGGUUCGUGUUUUGCCGCACCCGUCGGUGGUGUACUUUUCAGUAUUGAGGUAACGACCACUUAUUUUGCUGUGCGUAAUUAUUGGCGUGGCUUCUUCGCGGCUGUUUGCGGUGCAACGGUGUUUCGUCUUUUGGCUGUUUGGUUCCACAAUGCGGAUACAGUGCGUGCGAUAUUUCUCACAAAUUUCACCACCGAAUUUCCUUUCGAUCCGCAGGAGUUGUUCGUAUUUGCGCUAAUGGGUGUUGUCUCCGGUAUUGGUGGCGCCGCCUAUGUUUGGGUACAUCGCCGUUAUGUACUCUUCAUGCGUUCAAAUAAGAAGAUGAACAAAUUUCUGCAAAAGAAUCGCUUUCUCUAUCCGGGCUUUCUGGCGCUGCUUGUCUCUACACUCUCAUUUCCAUUAGGACCCGGUCAAUUUAUCGCUGGCGAACUGAGCACACACGAACAAGUCACGCAAUUAUUUAGCAAUUUCACGUGGUCACGUGACGAUCUCACCGUGGAGCAGGCGGCCAUAGUUACGCAUUGGGUCACCAGUUACACCAACAUAUUCAUCAAUCUUUCCAUAUACAUUGUGUUCACUUUUUUCAUUUCAAUUGUAGCCUCAACCAUACCAGUACCUUCGGGCAUUUUCAUACCCGUAUUUAAAAUCGGCGCCAGUCUGGGUCGUCUAAUUGGCGAGAGCAUGCAUUUGUGGUUCCCGAACGGCGUGCGCUACGGCGGUCGCCUAUCGCCCAUCAUACCCGGCGGUUACGCAGUUGUUGGUGCGGCGGCAUUUUCCGGCGCCGUGACGCAUACCGUUUCGGUAGCGGUAAUCAUUUUCGAGAUGACCGGCCAGAUAACGCACGUUGUACCGGUGAUGAUCGCAGUGUUAAUAGCGAACGCCAUUGCAGCCCUUCUACAACCGUCCAUGUACGACAGUAUUAUAUUGAUUAAGAAGCUGCCGUAUCUGCCCGAUUUGCUGCCAUCCAGUUCGGCGAUGUACAGCAUUUAUGUGGAGGAUUUUAUGGUACGAGAUGUGAAAUACAUCUGGCAUGGCAUUUCGUAUCAAAAACUCAAGGAAGUGCUGAAGGCGAACAAAACGCUACGAUCUCUACCGCUGGUCGAUAGUCACGAGAAUAUGAUACUGCUCGGCUCUGUGCAACGUUAUGAAUUGAUCAAAAUGAUCGAGAAGCAUAUCGGACGCGAGAAACGCAUGGAGGUGGCACAAAAGUGGCAAAAGGAGGCCGAAGAGCGAGCGCGAGAAGAAGAGAAGAAAAAGCAGGAGGCCGAAUUAAAAGUUCGUCGUCCGUCACGUUUCGAAGUACUGCCCGCACCCGAUAUACUCAGCCUACGUCAAAUUGCCAACGAUGAAAUGCUGCCGCCAAAACAACGUCAGGAAUCCUUCAAUAACAACGUGGGACCACGCAAAUCCAUUUUGAAAAAGACAAACUCAUUUAAUCUAAAAACUUACGCACCUACCUCACCGCACAGCCCGAACAUUACCCCCUAUACCACCAUAACUGGCACUGAACAUCGCAUACGCUCCGCCUUCGAAGCGAUUUUUCGCAAAUCGAACACACUGCAGGAUGUCCAACCGGAUCCGGAUGCUGCCAGCAUAACGCCGGCGGUGAGCGCCAACGAAGUGCCACUCGUACAGCGCGCACCCAGUAUUUCGAAGAAGGUUCAAUUGCAAGCACAAAAUACUACGGAGUCUGCGGACCACGCGCAUAAGCCGACAACUCCGGAUACGCCGGAUAGCAUAAAAAGCAAUAGAUUUUCGCAACUAGCGCCCAAUUCUCCGGCUCCAUCGAAGAAAUUUAAGAAAAAUAACUGCAUCCGCCCGCGAAGUUUAAGCUCAUCGCCAGUCCAUGCCAAAGUCAAAAUGAAGUUAGCGAACACAAGAUGGGAUCACACGAUGCUGCCACCACCGCCGAAAAAAGGAAUACUCCGAAAGUCACACUCAACGACAGAUUGUUCCAAUAACCGAACAAACGCAAUCAAAUGGCAUACCUUAAUGGAUAACAGCCAUGCUACAGCAAAUAAGGAUGAGCCAAAAGCAAUGAGUAUGAAAAAGACGAAAUCGGUGACCCUGCCACGUGAACGCGUAAUCGAUAUGUCGCCGGAAGAUCAAAAGAAAUGGGAAAUGGAAGAAAUGUCUAAACCAAUCGAUCUGGAGAAGGCCAGUGUAAAUAUCGAUCCCUCGCCAUUUCAACUGGUCGAACGCACUUCGAUACUCAAAGUUCAUUCGCUUUUCUCAAUGGUUGGCAUAAAUCAUGCUUAUGUGACGAAAAUCGGACGCCUGGUGGGUGUUGUGGGUCUAAAAGAGCUGCGCAAAGCUAUUGAAGACAUCAAUAGCAAUAACUUCGUAGUACAAAAUCAAAUAAAAGACGAUAUUGAAGCCGAUCAUGGUUCGGCUGUUGAGAAGCCAUUAUUGGCGCCACCAUUGCCGCUGUCACCGCAUGCCACCAGUGACAAGGAGGUUAAUACCACGGUGACCUCCAUGGACUCAGCACUUUCACAUUCGGAUAAUUGCUCUGACAUUGAAAUGGAGCAUAUGAAAGGCGAGAGUAGCGGUGAAGAACAACCACAACAACAACAAGAUCAUACAACACAAUACAAUCAACAAACAUAAACACAUACACAUACACCAAUCACAACCGCAAUGGGCACACCAACAACUACUAAGUCAAGCAAUGAGCCUUAGCAGACAGGCAAAUAACAAAUACAUAUAUGUACAUGCAUGUAUGCAUACAUACAUAUGUAUGAUAUGCAUGUAGGUAUUUAAGUGAAUUUGUAUUGCAUAGCAGGCAAAGCAAGCUAAAUUGUAUUGAAAUUUAGUAAAUAGUAUUUUUAAAUAAUUAAAUGAUGUACAUACAUACAUAAAUACAUAUAAACAUUGAGAGUUAUAAGCAAAUAAAAAGUAAAUAGAAGUAAGUAGAACUUUAGCAGCUCAUGUAAAUAUUAUAAGCCAAAAUUUUUGUUAGCAUUGUAUUAUAUUUUGAAUACAUAUGUUCCAAUCUCCAAUUACCAAUACACACACAUAUAGAUACUCGUAUGUAAAAUAAGAUAGUAGGAAAGUACGCAAACAGUAGACGAUAUUAAAACAUGUUUAACCUCAUAUGCUAAAUUUAAGCAACUUAAGCAUAUUUCCGUUACGAAUUUGUUAUAAAAUUUUCAAACACAUUGCUUUGAGAGCAAACUGCAGCUGCAAAAAAUUAUGCAGACUUAUGAUUUAAGCAAAAUUAUUUUAUUUAAAUUUCAUAACGAUUAAUAACCAAUGACUAAAAGUUCUAAUAUCUUACUUUAACAAUUAAUAUUUUUUAUAAUUUAUUUUGAUAUUAAUGCUGGCAAGUUUUUUUCACAAAAUCCCAGACGAAAUGUGCCAUUUGGUAUUCAGUCAGUAGUCAUUUAGGCAAAACGCUUUAAUCAAACCGAAAAUCCCAAUUUAAGGCUAAAUCAAAGCGAAAGCGUGCAGUCGGUAGUAUUUAUAAAUUAAAUAUACAUACAUACAUACAUGCUUAUAUAUAAGUUAUAAUUACAUUAAAUAUACACAUAUAUACAUAUAUAUAGAUAUAUACAUAUUUAUGUGUGCUAAAAUAAGUAGCAUAUAGUGAUAUUACAAACCAUACAAGCCAUCGCUUGUACUCGUAUACAUACAUACAUACAUAUAAACUGUGUGACUGGCAACUGUAAACCAAAUAUAAGUAUUUUCUAAGAAAAAAUUAACAUUAAAAGCAUCCAAAAUGUUUAUUAAAGUAAUUAAUUUAAAUAUGUAUUUAAAACAAGUAACUAAACGAACAUUUAUGUACAUAAAAUUGAACGAGCAUUAAAGCAGAAAACAGUUUGUUGAACGAAA